GAAACCUUCUCUCCUUACAUCAAGACUCCUGGAACAUUUCUUGACCCACGACCGUCGUACGACUCUGCUGGCAUCCUCCACCGUCCUGAACUUCUCGCACCACAGACAACAUGGUCAGUCUGCCGAGCAGCAAGAGGCUGCGUCUAGAUUCGUCUGCCUACGCCCGAAGUUCAUCCUCUGACUUGGAGGCAGAUCCGCCUCACGGCUCAGCAGUCACUUCAUGCUCGCCAUCAGAAGGCUCGGAAGCACACACUCCGCCCAUACAAGCAGCGAAUCACCCCUUCGCAUCCACUGGGGGAAUUCCUCAAGCUCCAAGGGCGCCUUCGCGCAAGGGGCGUCGCUUGAUCAACGAGUGCCGAGAAAUCAGCCCUCUUGCCUCUGGCUUCAGCCUCAAAGAUGUCCAAAUGUCAGAGUCUGUCACGGCUUCGCUGUCUCUGUGCGCUUCAGCAAACAAACGGACACGCGCAAUGCUGCGAAGAGGCUUGGAUGAGGAAGAAGAUGCGCCUCAUGUGAAUAAUAGGCAAUUGCGCACGGCUCAGAGGUUGUCGAGCAGGCUUGCUGCUCUUAAUGACCCUGCCAUCUCUGGUCCACCCUCAACGGGUAGUCAUCCAGCCCUGGGCCUCAAGGUAUCGCCUAUGCCUCUGGACGAGGGUUUUGCUCUGCAACCCUCUUUCAACGAAACCCUCGCGCGUCGCUCCCCUUCGCAUCAACCAGAAAAGGACAACAACGAGGACGCUGCCAUGUCGGUCGACGAAGAGCCCAGCAGUCUCGCAACGUCAUCUCGCGCUCCACCAACAAGUACAUCAUCAGGCAUCCCGAUGGGUCGUUCCAUAUCCGCCAAUGGACCCCCGAGGCUUGCAGGCUCGCCUGUCCACGGUCAGAUCACACAAAUGUAUGAUGGCCUUCCUCUGCUGCGCAUCGCAGCCUCGAGAACACCGCUCAGGACGAGGGCGCAACUGCGUGCCGCCGCGGCAACAGCAUCCGCAUCCGCAUCAGCAUCAGCGUCCACCUCGUCUUGUCAACGUCCUUCAGAGCAAGGCCUGAUAAGAGAAGCAUCCAUCGCUAGCCAACCCCUUCCCGUCAGAUGCCAAUCUCCCGACCCGUUCACUUGCAGGCCGAGGAGCGCUUCUUCCAGCUCGUCCUGUAGCAGUCCUAGACCGCAACAUCGGCGUCAGCGUAGUCGAAACAGCCCCGCCAGCGCCAGAUGCACCCCCUUUGGUGAUUACUUUGGCGACUGGAGCGGGAACAGCAACAGUGCUGGUGGAGGCCCCAUCUGCUGAGCAUGUGCGAAACCUGGCAGCGCGAGCUCUUCUUUUUCUGUUUAGCAGGAAUUCGGCCCUGCUCAUGCAAUUUUGCAUUGCGUUGAUCUGGAUCAUAGAGCUUACCCCUUCAUUCUCCUGCUCGUUCUGCUGUACUUGUCCUCGAUACGAUCUCUGUACUGACUUUGUAGUUGCACACGCACAUUUGCGCACAACAUUG